UUGUUGUGUGUCUUCUCUCUUUUCUUUGUGUCUAUCAUGACUUUAUACUAGUUGGUCUCUUUCUUUUAUCCUCUCUCUAAUUUUCCUUUGUUAACAUUUUGGAGUUACAGCUUUGUAAACUGCUACAUAGCUACAACAGUUGAAGUUAGCUUUCUUGUCAGUUAGCUAACAGCGUUCGGCAGUUACACAGCUUUUCACCAGGUACUGUUCGACGCCCUAUGUGAGUGUGAGGAUCCGUUCCUGGUUCAGUAGAUUACAGCAUGAGGACUGAUCCGAUACUCUGACCAGAACCCACUGGACACAGACCACUGAGGGGGGGAGACGACAGAAGGCGGAGGUGGUGUGGCCAUGGACAGAAGGAAAGCGUACGUGCUGAUGGUGCUGUGGGCCGUGGCCCACCUCAGCUCUCCAGGGUCCGGGCUCAGGGCCCUGCGAAGGACUACAGGGGGGCGGAGGGGGUCCACGGGGCUGACGGGACAGGACGCCAAUGGAGUUCCGCUCAGGCGCUCCAAACGAGGGUGGAUGUGGAACCAGUUCUUUUUGUUGGAGGAGUACACCGGGACAGACAUGCAGUACGUCGGAAAGCUUCACUCAGAUGGCGAUCGAGGCGACGGGAGCGUGAGGUACGUCCUCACCGGGGAGGGCGCGGGGACCCUCUUCAAGAUAGACGAGAAGUCCGGGGACAUCCACGCCACCAAGAGGCUGGACAGGGAGGAGAAGGCCUACUACAUCCUCCACGCCAAGGCCAUCAACCGCUUCACCAACGAGGCGCUGGAGGGCCAGUCCGAGUUCAUCAUCAAGAUCCACGACAUCAACGACAACGAGCCGCGGUUCACCAAGGACGUCUACACGGCCCGAGUGCCUGAAAUGUCUGACAUCGGCACCUCGGUAAUUCAGGUGACAGCCACAGACGCCGAUGACGCCACGUACGGGAACAGCGCCAGGGUGGUGUACAGCAUCCUGGAGGGGCAGCCGUACUUCUCCGUGGACCCAGACACCGGCCUGAUCAAGACCGCCCUGCCCGGCAUGGACCGGGAAGUCAAAGAGAACUACCAGGUCGUGAUCCAGGCUAAAGACAUGGCCGGACAGAUGGGCGGACUCUCGGGAACCACGACGGUCAGCAUCACCCUCUCUGAUGUCAACGACAACCCGCCACGCUUCACCAAGACCCUCUUCGAGUUCAGGGUGCCCGAGUCCAUUGAGCUCGGAGGGACGGUGGGACUGAUCCGCGCCAUGGACGCCGACAUCGGAGAGAACGCAGAGAUGGACUACAGGAUCAUCGGGAGCGACGGCCCCGGCAUGUUUGACAUCACCACCAACAGGAGCACGCAGGACGGCAUCAUCGUGCUGAGGAAGCCGCUGGACUUCGAGAGGAAGCGUCAGUACAGCCUCCGUGUUCAGGUGGAGAACGCCCACAUCAACCCACGCUUCUUCUCCGUGGGGCCCUUCAGGGACGAGGCCACCGUCAAGAUCAUUGUGGAGGACGUGGACGAGCCGCCGGUGUUCGAGCGCGCCAGCUACGUCAUGGAGGUCAAAGAGGACGCCGCCAGGAACACCAUCAUCGGCUCCGUCAGCGCGUCCGAUCCCGACGACAAGAACAGUCUCGUCAGGUACACUAUCGAUCGGCGCACGGACAUGGACAGAGUGUUCAACAUCCAUGCAGGCAACGGGUCAGUGUACAUCCUCAGGGAGCUGGACAGAGAAGAGAACGCCUGGCACAACAUCUCCGUCCUCGCCACAGAGUUCAACAACCCGCGACAGAUCAGCCGUGUGCCGGUUUACAUCAGAGUCCUGGACGUCAAUGACAACGCUCCAACAUUUGCUACCAAUUACGAGACGUUCGUGUGUGAGAACGCAAAGGCUAAUCAGAGGAUACAAACGGUGAGUGCCACAGACCCUGACGAGCCACUCGGAGGACACCGAUUCUUCUUCAGCCUCGCACAGGAGGCUGCUGGGAAGGCCAACUUCUCCGUCCGUGAUAACAAAGACAACACGGCCUGGAUCUUGACCCGGAGGAACAGCUACAACAGUCUGCAGAAGAGCAUCUACCACGUGCCUGUGGUCAUCUCGGACGGAGAGUUCCCGAUGCAAAGCAGCACCAGCACCCUGACGGUCAGGGUGUGCACCUGCGACCGCGAGGGCAACAUGAAGCUGUGCAACGCCGAGGCGCUCACAGCGAGGGCGGGACUCAGCACGGGAGCCUUGGUGGCCAUUUUGCUCUGUGUCAUCAUCCUGCUCAUGAUCGUGGUGCUGUUUGCUGCCCUGAGGAGACAGAGGAAGAAGGAGCCUCUGAUCAUCUCCAAAGAGGAUGUCAGAGACAACGUCGUCAGCUACAACGAUGAAGGGGGCGGAGAGGAGGACACUCAGGCCUUUGAUAUCGGCACGCUGCGCAACCCAGAGGCCAUCGAGGAGAGCAAGCAGCGGCGGGACAUCGUCCCAGAAACCUUCUACCCUCCAGUUCGACGGCCUGUGCUGCCUCCGACUCGGGACAAUAACGGGGACGUGAGAGACUUCAUCAACCAGAGGCUCCAGGACAACGACAGCGACCCGACGGCGCCGCCUUACGACUCCCUGGCCACCUACGCCUACGAGGGGAACGGCUCUGUAGCCGAGUCCCUCAGCUCGCUGGAGUCGGUGACCACCGAGGGCGACCAGGACUACAACUACCUGAGCGAGUGGGGUCCCCGGUUUAAGAAACUGGCGGACAUGUACGGGGGCGACGACAGCGACAGGGAUUCUUAACGAGAGCCUGGCACACAGACGAGGAGCGAAGCGAAACACAUGUUUAACACUUUCUCCGGUGGACGUGUGGCGAGAAAAAAAUGGCGAAAGGACCGAGAAACGAGCGCGGUUUCAACCGAGUGCUCUUUCACCGCCAUCGAUCACCAUUCAGUUGUCCCCUCCGGUGACCAGACGUAGGCUUUGUGUGUCCAGUCAGUGUUAGUUGCGUUUUUUGCAAGGGUUCAGUGAAAAGAAACUUUGUGUCAAGACUUUUCUUUUUUUUCUUCUGUGUAUACGGGGCGUACAUGAGGCCCUAAUAUAUCUAUACCGAUCUUUUCUUUUUCUUUGUUUUUCCAAAGCUGCGUGUGAUGGACACGUUCAACAAGCAGUUUUGUAAACCAACAGAUAUGCCUAUGUAUUUUUCAGUGUUUCUGGGACAAAAACAUGCUGCAUAUUGUGAGUUCUAACUUAGCUUGUGUACGUACGGUAAUAUGAUACAAUACGCUGUACAGUUGUUUUGUUUUUCUAGGGAUUUCUAUUGUCCAAAAAAAAACGAUCCCUCCUUUCAGCGACGGCUGCCUCGCAUUAGCCACUUAUCCACAGUUGUGCUUGAGCCAGAAGUGCCAGGAAAAUGUUGGCAUCGUCGUCCCCUGAUGUGAAAAUGAGAAUCUCGAUACAGAUUGGAUUUGAGGAGGGGAUACAUCAUCAAAAUUUGAGUCAGUCGUGGCUCGUCGCUGGCUCUGUUGACAAGUGGCUAAUGUUCUUUAAAGCUUACAUGAAGCUGCGGUAAAGGAAAGUGGAUUUUACGGCCACAACAAAGACACCAGUUUGCUUCUUUUUUUUGUUUUUUUUGUUUUUCUGCAGUCUCUGAUUUUCAUCUCCGCACAGCUUUCGAGCGUUUGCUGUGAGGUGAGCUGAAAUACCAAAUAUUUCUUCAUCGAGCUGAAUGUCUUCAGAAGCGUUUUUUCUCUGUGCGGCCGACUCUUCCACAGAAUAGUGUUGUUGUUUUUUUUUUUUUCUAUGAUGCAUUGAUAAGAAUCACUAAUCCAAUGUGCACCAGGCUCAGUCAGAGGAUAGUACUGGUCCUGUUGGGACUUUUCCGCUCAUCUCCACCACAGAUAUGUUUAAGUGUCUCACUCUGUACAGCAUGGUGUUCAGUCCAACUCCACAUUUACUCCCCGGCGCUGGAAGGAUGCCGCCGAGCCUGAAACUACAGCAUCAAAUUAAACAUCUCGUGGACAGUUGCAAUUAAAAUUCAUUGUGCGGUUUUAUCUUCUUACCCUAAAAGGUUCAUUUUAUCUGUUCAGGUGAUGAAGGAAAUCAAGGAAAAUAGCAUUUUAAUCAGUCCUGGAUUUGAAUUUACAUGAGUGUUUAAACUUGGACUCUGAUCGUCUGUGAAGCUUUUUUUUUUUUUUUCUUUCAUGCGACUAAAGCAUCAAAGUCUAUUAUGUGAAUCAAAAGAGUAGCCUUAAACUCAUCUUCACUAGAAAUAGCCUGAAGAAUAGAUUUUCUUGAUUUCUCAGAAUCUUUGUCACAAAGAGAACUGGAUCUGCACUCAGCAGAGUUAAAAACCUCCAAACCUCGAGUCCAACAGUCCAUCAAGGCUGAUAAGAUGGCAAAUCCAACAAAAUUUAAAUCCGUUAGAUCAAAUUGUGCUCACUCAGAGAUACCAGUCACCUAAAUAUAUAAACCUAUAAGACAAGACUCAUCCUCCCUCCAAGUUUGGUAGAAAUCUGUUCAGUGGUUUUUCUGUAAUCCUGCUGACAAACUGACCAACGAACGGACCCGAGUCGUCGACAUACGCUGCGUUCACCUGCUCCUCGGAUGCUCUCGUUUCCUGAGCUGUUCUUCCAAAGUUGUUUUUUUGCAUUUUAUGCGCUCAGAGUGUUUAAACGACACUUUGACGGUUGUCUUCAGUAUUUAGGGUGGAGCGAGGAAGAGCAAAGGAACCGAUACUGUGACUACACAGCACCAUCCCACCAACCCAGUGCUUACCGUCGUCCGCCAUGUCAGCUCGGCGACUUGCGUACCGACAUUUUCACCAAGUAGUUGUUUCUGAUGAUAGACAGCGACAAUUCUUAGAGAUAGAAAAAUGUUUUCUGCACAGAUAACUAAACUCUAAAUGUACCACAUGACUGACAGCAUAUAUGACGAGUUUUUCUUACUUUGAAAAUAAAAUAAAUGCUGGUUUGGAUCAAGACUUGGUGGCCUUGGUGGAGAGGGAUCAGAGAAGAAGCCCCUUCGAGAUGGUUUGGAAAAUGGCAGGUACCUUAAAAAAAAAAAACUUAGCAGGUGAUCACAACCAAUCUGAUCAACCGACGUACGAGGAGAGCGUCACCCGCCGAGCCGGAGGUCAUGGAGAAAAGCCAUCAGUGCCCGACCAACGACAACCAGGCUGCGCUGAGUAGCUUCUCUCGCCGGGCGUCACGUGGCUGGAAGCCUGGCAGCACGGAUCCUCGUGUGAUCUCUGCACUGCAGAGGAGAAUGUAUAAUAAUGUAACAUAGCAGCUCAGCCAUGAAAAUGUGCCAAAAAGCGAAGGACACCAGUAUUUUCCUUUUACAAAAAAAAAAAAACAGAAUAUCCUCCAGUUUCUCUUCUUUGUUCCCUGCCUUUCAUUACAUGUACUGUACGUAGUGUUAAACACGAAGCCAGUCCAGGUGUUCGACUGAUUUCCUGAGGGAUGAACAGGCUUUUCCAUAAAGGGGCUUAUCAAGGGGCACCUGACCUUUGAGCGGUGUGGAAUAAGGUUCUUAAACCCAGAGGUGUGUCGUCGGCUCGCGCAGAAAGGUCAAAACAUUAUCCUGCAGAGAGAACACACAAACAGCUCGGCCCUUUUUUUAAUUUGAUUUAGAAAACCACACACACACACAAAAAAAGCAAUAUUGUCAAAUUACUUUAAGACCUAACUAUCCUAAACUCUGAAUAAACAGUUUUGGUAUGAAGAGAGCUCGUUGAACUGAGAGGGCAGAAUGAUACCAGGGAGGAGAGGAAAAAACACAACAAAAAAACAAAAAAAUCAGGCGAGCUUAAACAAGCUCUGGCCUCACUUUAGCAAAAGGCCAACCUGUGGAGAGGCUGACAUUUAUCAGACAUUUGAAACAGUAAUAACAAAACACAAUGGCAUAAUUGCCACAUGGGUACACUUUUUCUCUGCGCUCUGAAGCAGGCUUGACACCGGCGACGGCGCAGCACAUUAAACAAUUCAAUUGAUAACAGAGCGGUUGGAACAUUUCUUUUUAACGCCCGCCUGUUGUUCACAUGUGCGCCCUUUUUUUUUUUCUUCCCCCC